UUUUUUAAAGAAGUGAAAUCCGAAUACUUGUUUUUUUUAACGGGAAAGGGAGAGGAGAAGGGGGGCAACCCGGCGGAGGACUGUGUUGCUGCACUAACACCUCAAUCAAAGGCGUCGCCUUCAACUCCUCCGCCGACUCUCUGCUCUUAAGUUCUUCUCGCUCAAUGGAUGAUGAGAAGCGGAAGAGGGAAAUGCCGACAAUUCCGCCGUACAUGAAAGCCAUUUCCGGAUCUCUGGGAGGAAUCGUGGAGGCGAGCUGCUUGCAGCCGAUUGACGUGAUCAAGACUAGGCUUCAGCUGGACCGCUCCGGUUCGUACAAGGGGAUCGUCCACUGCGGCUCCGCCGUCAUCAAGCACGAAGGUGUACGGGCUCUGUGGAAGGGGUUGACCCCAUUCGCCACUCAUCUCACGCUCAAAUACGCGCUCCGGAUGGGAUCCAACGCCGUCCUGCAGUCUGCUUUCAAGGAUUCCGAAACGGGGAAUCUCAGUCCGUACGGUAGGGUUCUAUCUGGCUUCGGAGCUGGCGUCCUCGAAGCUCUCCUCAUUGUUACCCCUUUCGAGGUGGUGAAAAUACAGCUACAACAGCAAAGAGGUUUAAGCCCAGAGCUUCUAAAGUACAAGGGGCCUAUACACUGUGCCCGGAUGAUCAUCCGUGAAGAAGGGAUCCGCGGGCUUUGGGCUGGAGCAGCCCCAACUGUGAUGCGAAACGGGACAAACCAGGCAGCCAUGUUCACAGCCAAAAACGCAUUCGACACAGUUUUGUGGAAGAAAGACGAAGGUGAUGGCCGAGUUCUCCAGCCAUGGCAGUCAAUGAUCUCUGGAUUCCUUGCAGGGACGGCAGGACCUGUGUGUACUGGCCCAUUUGAUGUUGUGAAAACGAGGCUGAUGGCUCAAAACAGAUCAGGGGGUGAUCUGAAGUACAGGGGAAUGUUUCAUGCUAUCUCGACUAUAUACACCGAAGAAGGUUUGUUGGCUUUGUGGAAAGGUUUGGUUCCCCGGCUCAUGAGGAUCCCUCCUGGGCAGGCCAUCAUGUGGGCUGUUGCUGACCAAGUUAUUGGCUUGUAUGAGAGAAGACAUAUGCCACUAUAGGUAUAUAGCUUCCCUUUUUAUUUUCCUCUCCUUUUUAUUGCGGUUUUUAGAUCAUUCUUUUGCAAAAGCCUGCAAGCUGUUUGAUCUCACUUUGAUUUCCUAGUUUCAACCGCACUAACAUUGAAUGACACGGUUCUCUAGUAUCCGGCAAGCAGUAUUCGAGACAAGCCAAAAUUGAGAUUUCAGUGUUUGAGAUUAAAACAAUGAAAAUAAAGUGGUUGA